AUGGUGUUACUAGAGAGAAAGAAAAAGCUCAUUCUGAGGGGCUUGUUGAGGACCCCUUUUUCAGAAGCAAUUGAAGAAGGUCAGGGUCCUUCAAAGUCGAGCCAAACCCCUUCUUCGAAAUCAGACAAGUCAGGAAAAAGCUCCUCAUCCUCAAGUGCUCAGUCAGAGCCAUCAAGAAAGUUAUCUAAAGUUUCUUCUUUGGACCCUAAGGCUGUUGGGCUAGAGAAGCCCUCUACCUCGGCUCCUUCUAUGUCAGUGCCAUUGGAGUUUCAUUUGCAGAGCCAGUCCCCUGAAUUGGAAAUGGUAUCUCCCACUUUAAGGUCUCCUUUAUUGCAGUCUUCUGGAUCUCCUGCUUCCUCCACUCGAUCCGCCAGGAACCUGUCCGAUGAUGAUGUGGAUCAUGUGGUGCACUGGCUAUUGAGGACACCGUCUCUCGCCAGACUCUUGUCGGAUCCAACCCAGAGGGCUUCAGAACUGACCAAGCCUACCCUUUCACCAUUGAUUCCUCCUCCAAUCCAAUCCCGGAUCUCGGAGCCAGAAUGCCUAGGUCUGAUUGUAGUGGAACCUUUGGAACUGAGACCUAUCACAGAAUUUUUGGUUCUGACUAUUGCUCCGAUGUCCUCAAUUCCAUCUAAACUUGAGGACUCUAGGAGCUGA